AUGGACCUAGUUGCACGUUAUCUACUGGAGUUUGAAAAUACGGAGGAUGGAAUGGAUCUUAAACAUAAGAGUAGCUUCUGGUUCGCAUCUAUAACAAGAUCAAUGUUUAACGAUUAUAUUUCUCCAAGAUUGAAAGCUUUCAUGUGCUUCCCUGUACAUUCUCAGAAAACAGAGAAUACCUUUCACGAUAAAGACAAUGCUGCUAACAAAGACCCACCGGUCGCCGGGGAACGCAAUUCAAACCUUAGACAAGACGAUAGUUUAUUGGAAACGCUUUACGCAAAAGACGAAAAGGAAGCGUCAACGGACCCCAUUCACAACAAAACAAUGGUCCGCGAGUAUGACCGUUACGCCUCAUUUGAAAAGUACGAGGAUAAAAUGGACUCUAUCAGCUAUUCAACUUCGCGACUUGCUGUCAAAGGAUUUUACUAUAACAGUGAAAAAAGACUGUGCAUUUGUUUUGAAUGUGGGGUAGAAGUUAAGCAAUGGAACGAGACAGAAUCGAUUGACGAAACUCAUCGCAAGCUUUCACCCGACUGUAAAUUUAUAAAUGGUAAAGAUACUGUUAACAUUCCAUUCCACAAGUUAGCAGGCUGUUGUGAAGGGCGUAUGCAUAGAGGUGGCGAAUCUUCAGAAUCAAACAGCAUUGCUGGAGCAGGUGCAUGUUCAGAAGAGCUCAUUGAGCAAACUGAUAGACUGUCUAAAUUUGCGAAUAAUCAAGACGCAUCCAAUACGGAAACAUAUACACACAUUUCAUUAGAAACAGCCACAGGAGAACAACAAACAAAACCUAGAGAUGACUGUAUGGUUUUAGCAGAAAAUGCAAAUUAUCCGGUAUACUCGAGCAAAUCUGAAAGAACCGCAUCGUUCUUGUGCUGGAGACCGAUUGAUAUAGUGUCAACAAGCAGUCUCGUAGACGCUGGACUAUAUUACACAGGUUCUGGAGAUGAAGUGCGUUGCUUCCAAUGUGGCGGAGGUCUGAAAGAAUCGAUUGAAAACGGACGUUCGGGUGACAUGGACUUUACGAUUCCUAUUGAACGGGAACACAAUUUGAACCUUCGACAAGACGAUACUUCAUCUGAAACGCUUGACGCAAAAGAAGAAAAGGAAGCUUUAAUAGACCACAUUCACAACAAAGCAAUGGUUCGUGAGUAUGACCGUUACGCUUCAUUUGAAAAGUACGAGGAUAAAAUGGAAUCUAUAAGCUAUUCAACCUCGCGACUUGCUUUAAAAGGAUUUUACUAUAACCUUGAAAAAAGACUGUGUAUUUGUUUUGUAUGUGGGGUAGAAGUUAAGCGAUGGAACGAGAGGGAAUCCAUAGAGGAAACUCACCGCAAGCUUUCACCCGACUGCAGAUUUAUAUCCGGUAAAGAUACUGUUAACAUUCCAUUCCACAAGUUAGCAGGCUGUUGUGAACGGCGUAUGCAUAGAGGUGGCGAAUCUUUAGAAUCAAACAGCAUUGCUGGAGCAGAGGCAUGUUCAGAAGAGCUCAUUGAGCAAACUGAUAGACUGUCUAAAUUUGCGAGUAAUCAGGACGCAUCCAACACGGAAACAACAUAUACACAACUUUCAUUGGAAACAGCCACAGGAGGACAACAAACAAAGCAUAGAGAUGACUGUUUGUUUUUAGCAGAAAAUGCAAAAUAUCCGAAAUACUGGAGCAAAUCUGAAAGAACUUCAUCGUUCUUGUGCUGGAGACGGACAGCUUUAGUGUCAACAGGCAGUCUCGUAGACGCUGGACUAUAUUACACAGGUUCUGGAGAUGAAGUGCGAUGCUUCCAAUGUGGCGGGGGUCUAAAAAACUGGGAGGUAAAUGACGAUCCGUGGGCCGAGCAUGCAUAUUGGUUCCCAAGUUGUCAGUACGUUAUGCAGUGCAAAGGUCAAGAGUUCAUUGACAUGGUUCAGGCGAUGAGGACACGACUCGAUGUUACUGAGCAAGAGAGACACGUUUCUCAUAAUGUUAACAGAGGGGCGCAGUCUUCGGUAAAUGGUACCGCUACAAAUAACAACGUGACGUCGUACGAAUUACCACGGCAACGAACAUUUAAAGACGACAGUGACAGAGCCUUGAUAACAACAUUUAUUGAAAUGGGCUUUGGGCGGGAUCUUGUACUAUUGGCACUUAGGAAGGUCACAAAGAAUGAAAUUGAGGGUACUUCAAUAAUGCACGAUCAAGUACUAGAAUAUCUGCUGCAGAACAUCGUCCCAGAGAAAACAGACAUCUCACCAUCGACCGAAACAAAAACGUCAAUGAAAAUAAAGGGAACACACAACGAUAAAUCUAGAAAUGAUGCAAAGCCAAAGAGUACAUCUGUAAUAGAUAUUAAAGACGUCGUGGAAGAAAAUUAUGCACUAAAGCAACAAAUGACGUGCAAAGUAUGCAUGGACAGUGCCGCAUGCGUAGUUUUUCUACCAUGCGGCCACAUGGUCACAUGCGAGAAAUGCGCAUGCGCUCUCAGAAAAUGCGCCAUAUGUCGGGCACGUAUUCAAGGAAAUGUCAGGGCAAUUAUUUCGUGAAGACCGAUGUUUAAAAAUAGUAUUUCGGAGCAAGGGAUGCUUCUGUAACUGAUUGAUUUGUUUUGCGACGACAGUUGUGUAGCUAUAAGAGAGGGGAUUAGGAAUUGUUACCUACAAGAUGAUUGGUUGAUGCCAGUUCUUGGUAGCAGUCACGACCGGACAUAUCAAUAGACAUGUCAAUCAAAUCCUCAUCUAAGAAUCGAUCUACCAAUCAGCGAUCGAUUAAUCGGGCGCGCGAGUUAGCAACGAACUGUCCGCCAUUUUCCUAGACAAGCUAUGUAUAGGUUCACUUUUAUUUCAACGAGUUUUUUGUUGUUUUCCUUUUAAAAAUAACGUAGAUUAAAAAUAGUUAAACGGUGUCAAUGGGGAUUAUGUAACUUGGACAAUCGAUAUUUUGAAAGAUUAGUUGGUUGCAUUGAAUUUAUGUUGUUUCCAAAGCCGAAAAGAGAUCUUAACAAGUGUAAGAGAUGGAUAAAUGCAUGCGGUCGUCUCCACGAACAACUGAAUGUCAACACUGUCAAAGACAACUACAAUAUCUUUUUAUCGUAUAUGCUAGCAUAUUUAAAUAGUUUAUGUUAUCGAUCUGAUCAUCACAUCUCUGACAUUUGGUAUUCAGAAAGAUAAGUUAGAUGCAUUACAUUUUUACCAUUUCCAACGCGGAAAUGCGGUCUUGACAAGAGCGAGUGGAAGCUUCAAUUUGUAGAAUUACCGAGAUCCCCUUUAUAGAACAUUCAUUUAUUUCAAAAACUGGAAAUGUCAUAUAAGCAAUAACUAAGCAUUAUUAAGAAUGAAUUAUGUCACGAGUGCAUGUAAAAUAAUAGAGAAUAUUGCUACCCACUUCGUGUAACUUAACGAAAUCCCCGUUAAAAAUCGAGUUUGUGUGUGUGUCAGAAACAUGUGAAAACCAUUUUAUGUUACUAUUUUAAUAAAAACGUAUCGAUAAAUGCCAUUGUAUAAGAGUUAUUAUUACUGAUAUAACCAAUAAAUGCGGUAACUUGGGGGAAGUCGGUACCUGCGCGAGCGUCUGAUACUGGUAGUUUUAUUAAGUAGCCUGACCGAACGCCCCUACAUACAACGCUAAUUUAUAUCAGACAAUGACCAAACUGAUUGUGUUGUUUUGCACUUUCAAUUAUAGUGAUUGAUAAAUGUCCCAUAAGCAAUGUUUUAUAUGAUUAGGUACCCACUCGGCGUCAGAAAGCGCGUAAAACUUCACCGAAUUCCCAGUUAUAAAGCGCUAUUUCGUUUCAAAUACACGGGAGGGGGGGGGGGAGGAAUGUUUCGUUAAUAUUUUCGUAAAUAACAAGGGUAAAUACCGGUGAAGAAGUGUUAAUUUAUUGCUAAUACCACCAUUACACGUAAUAACAGGUUCGAUUUCGGUAAGCGCGUAAGCGUUUGAGAGCGUGUUUAAUGUACCGAUUUACCCGUUUUAAAUAGCUGAUGUUCUCUAUAAACGUAUACUUUUGCAUUUGCCGAAUAACUAAAUGACAUAAACCCCUUUUACAAGUGUUAUAUGGUGUGAAUACGUCCAUAAACUCAUUAGGAAUAUCGCGUAAAUCUAUAUGCAGUCUAUAGGCAAGGAAGCCAUUUUGGUGUUAGCUUGUCUAUCAAACCGCUAAGCCAUGUGAUUUAGUGGGCGGAGCGAAGCGUGAUGUCAAUCGACCAGUCGCCAAAUACGAGAUCGCUCCGCCAACUAAGUUGUGUUUUCAUAAAACGCGUUAUCCAUUACUCCGACAGUCUUUGUUUGUCAGACCAUGUGGCCGCAAUAAACGAAAUCUGAUUAUUUCGUGAGUUUGAUUGCCUGCUGGCGACUGGUCAAUUAGAUUAUACCUGACGUUACGCUUUAUAUUGAAACUUGUAGUGCAUCCAUACAGUAGUUUUUGUCGUGACGCUGUUGGUCUGUUUAUUUAUUAUAAUUGUCUUUCAAAAUAUCUUUAGUAAAGGUCAAGUAAAAAAUAAAUUAUUAUUUAGAAGUUAUGACGAAGGAUACGUUCAUUUCUUUUAUCAUGGUAUUUUUACACUCGGUUUUAAUACUUCUUUGUUUUAACCACAAUACUGUUCUUAAGGUAUGUUACCAAACACUCGUAAAAUAAAGCACGACACUUGAUUUAGAUGCGGUAAGCGCCGCGUAAAGAGGUCAAUGCCCAGUAUUGGUGGUUGAAGAGACUAAAUCUAAUCCCGUAACUUUCACUUACUAUUGCAUUUAUUCAAGUAAAAAUCAAAAUUAUAUCAAAGUAAUGCUUAUAUAUUGUAUUCGCCGUACAUGUACAUGUUUUAACUUGAAAAUGACAAUUUAUUCACCUAAAAAUUUGGUAAGUGCAACUUUGAUCUUGUUAACACUUCAUUUGGUAAGAGCGUAUAAUUUCACAUCCGUUUUAAUGAAUAUUUGUUUUGGUUUUCACAUAAUAUUCUUGCAAUAUUUAUUUAAGAACCCGUGUACAAAGUUAAAAAACAAAUUCUUAUUGGUAUUUAUUUAUGUUGUAGUUAUUUUAUACAUGGCGAGGCUGGAAGCAAUUACGCAUAUAUUGUUUGUUUGUUUUUAAUAUUUUCUCUUAAAUAAAUGUGCGUUGUGGUGUUUUAUUGAAUGUUCGUUGCAUGU